AUGGAUUCACUCGAAGAGUCUCCAGCUAAGCGACAGAAGUUCAGCGAUGAGCCUAUUGACUUGACUUCUGACGGCGAGAGCGAACCAUACAGUCCACCGAGCGAGACUCCAGUAUAUGAGACCGUUGCCACUCUUCCAUUACAUUCCACCAACAACAAUGGCUAUACCCAACCCACCCAAAUCAUUGAUCGAAGCGAACAGAAUUCGAGCCCAACCCCUAGUCGCUCGGUGGUUCAGGUAGCAGCGUCAUCACCCGCACCCACUCCUGUGAAGAGAGCAGGUGGGUUAUUGUCGAGUGCUAUGGCACCUGCAGGAACAGCUUUUCGAAUACCGAACGGAGUGGUCAAAGCUCCUCCGCAGGCUUGUACAGCAGUCAUCGAUCUUAGCGAUGAUGAUGCAGGCCCGCGAUACAUGGGAGGAACCUCUGACGAAGAUGAGUCUCAGCUGAGGCGCAAGAACGACAUCAAGCCUGCCAAAUUCAUACGUCGGCAUGAAGAACGAAUUGCCGAAUCACCUCAGGCCAAGAAGCCUACAAAGGACAUCAAAUCUGUCACAGCUGGAGCAUACUACAAUCCGGCUACUUCUGGCAGAUCGCAAGGCUUACAGGGUUCGGUAUACGAUUCCCGGAACAGAAAUGCUACCUCUACCAAGACCAUUGUCACAGGGGGUGCUUUUACGAAGUCCUCCUCUGACACUAUGUCUUCAGCAUAUGGAUCCAUUCGCAAACUACCUCCCAAGGUGAUCCGUCAGGUUGCACCCUCCCGGGCUGUACCAGUUCAAAGUUCUGAGCCAGACAUGUCUCUAAGCGAUAUCGACGAUCCUCAGGAGCGCAGAAAGGUUGAGAGGAUGAGGGUGGUCCUACACAACAAUUCCGUUCGAGACUGUCACCAGGCGCUGCUGGCUAAAGGUGGUAACCAUGACGAUGCUGUUGACUAUCUUGCUGGGCUUAACGAACGUCGGGAUAAGAUUCGCACACCUGGGGCUGGGAAGGUCGUUGAUCUGACUUCGGAAGACGAACUGCGCCCAACUCCUGCGGCGCCCAAAAUGAGACAAGAGAUCAAAGCGCCGGCAAAGUCGAUGUGGGAGAAGUUUGGCGGUUCGACUCAAAAUUCAAAGGCUCCACCUUCUUUAGCGAGUGGUUCGCAGGAGAACAAACUCGUUCCGAAGAUAUCAGGGCAGCCAGCGAAAAGAAUGAGGAAGCUUGUACGUGGCCCUCGACCUCGCUCAUCUUCGCCAGCCGAGUUGAAGCCGAAGCUGCAACCACUAGCACGCAAACCGGCAAGGGUGGCGGAAUCAAGCGACUCAGACGAAGCAGCGGAUGCCGAAUCUUCUUCGGACGACGAGGACCUCCAGACUCGACUUCUCUCGUACUUCAAUAAAUGCUCCUGUGCUGAUCUUGCCGACAUUGCAGCCAUUACUCCCGCGACUGCAAAUUACAUCCUAUCUAAGCGGCCAUUCAAGUCAUUGAACGGGGUCCGGUCCAUCCCUGCUGAGAAUGCGAAGCCUAUCAAAGGCAAGAGUCGUGCGCGGCCGAUUGGUGAAAAGAUUGUCGACAAGUGCGCAGACAUGUUGAGCGGCUAUGAGGCGGUUGACAGUCUUGUUAAACAAUGUGAGAUAGCGGGCCAACCACUUGCUGCUGAGAUGAAAACGUGGGGUAUUGAUAUUUUCGGCGCGAAAGAAGGCGAGCUCAAUUUGGUGGCGCUAAAAGAAUCUCAGUCGAACCACGAUUCUGGCAUUGGGACUCCUUUGAGCGAGCUGAGCGAGGAGACCCCGGAGAAGAAACGCCGCUCCAACUUCAUAUCACAGCCAUCUAUCAUGAAUAACGACCGGCAAAUGAAAGACUACCAGGUAGUUGGCAUCAACUGGCUGCAUCUGCUGUUUAAGAAUGGCAUGAGUGGAAUAUUGGCUGAUGAUAUGGGUCUUGGGAAGACGUGUCAGGUUAUCGCGUUCCUCGCCCAUCUGUCCGAGAUUGGUGAACAAGGACCUCAUCUCGUGGUUGUGCCAAGCUCAACGCUUGAGAACUGGUUGACAGAAUUCCAGAGCUUUUGCCCCAGUCUUGUCGUGCGACCUUUGUAUGGAGCUCUAAGUGAGCGUGUUGUAAUCCGAGAUCAGAUCGAACAAGAAAGGGCCAACAUAAAUGUUGUCAUCACGACCUAUACACUCGCGAAGUCAAAGGAAGAUUACCCGUUCCUCCGGACUUUUGGUUUCUGUUGUACGAUAUAUGAUGAAGGGCAUUUUCUACGAAACAGCACCUCUCUACUUUACGAGAAAUUCAUCAAGAUCAAGUCGCGAUUCCGACUGCUGCUUACUGGCACACCUUUGCAGAACAAUCUCCAGGAAUUGAUCUCACUUCUUGCCUUCUUGAUGCCAAACAUCUUCAAAGACAAGAAAAGCGACCUGCAGGUCAUCUUUGAUCACAAGGUCAAGACCACCGACACAAACCAUGAAGCUCUUUUAUCAGCACAGCGCAUCAAUCGAGCCCGGUCGAUGCUUACACCAUUCAUCCUACGCCGUAAGAAGCAUCAAGUAUUGAAGGAUCUACCCAAAAAAAUUAGUCGCGUAGAAUAUUGCAGCAUGACCGAAGUGCAACAAAGCAUCUACAGUGAACAACAGGAGAGAGCAAAAGAUGUGAUGGAUCGACGAGCUGCUGGGGAACAAAUGAGUGCAAAGGAUUCGGCCAAUAUUCUCAUGAAACUCAGACAGGCUGCCAUUCAUCCAUUCCUUUUCCGCCGCAUCUACACGGAGAAGACGUUGCGCCAGAUCUCCAAGGCUUGUUUGAAGGACGAGCAGUGGGCACACUCGAACCCGAACCUCAUCUAUCAGGAGCUGAUAGCUUAUUCCGACAUGGAAAUCCAUCAGCUUUGCGCAAAGAGUGCUGCUCUCAACAAAUUCAUGCUCAGAAACGAUGAGUGGAUGAUCUCGGGCAAAGUCGAGAAGUUGGUCGAAUUGCUCAAACGCUUCACGGACGAGGGUCAUCGAAUCCUCAUAUUCUCCCAAUUCGUGAUGGUGAUGGACAUCUUGGAGUUGGUGCUGCAGACCAUCCACAUGGAGUUUUUCCGUCUUGACGGCAGUACCAAAGUCGAGGAACGACAAGAGAUGAUCAACGAGUAUUGCGACGAAGGAAGCACGAUCCCGGUAUUUAUGCUGUCUACCAGAGCCGGUGGUGCGGGCAUCAAUCUUGCCAAAGCUAAUAAAGUAAUCAUCUUCGACUCAGGCUUCAACCCUCAAGAUGAUAUUCAAGCUGAGAAUCGUGCGCACCGGAUCGGUCAAGUCAAGGAAGUGGAGGUCGUGAGACUGGUCACCAAAGGCACCAUUGAAGAGCAGAUCCAUAUCAUGGGACAGAUGAAGGUCAAGCUCGAUGAGAGGGUUGCUGGGGACGAGGAUGCGGAGAGCAAGAAGGAGCUAGAGAAGAGGGAAGCAGAGGGGCAGAAGAUGGUUGAGGAACUACUCUUCCAGAAACUUGAAUGCGGCGACGAGGUGGCUAUGAAGGAAGCAGAAGCAACCGUGACCGAGCUCACGGAUUGA